AUAAAUCUUCGUGAGGCCCAAACUGUGACUACAUGCUGCAAUGCUCUAAAACCUGGAUAUCAACAGCAGCCGCUUUCUCAUAUUCUCUUCUCCGCCGUAACUCUCCCUCAUUCUCCACUUUGACUCCGCCGCCGUACCGGAAAGACUUAUCUUUCUCCUUCCUACAACCACCGCCGGCCGCCGCCAUGGUGCCCCACCCCAAAGACGACGCUUACCUCGAUAGCGUAAUUCCCAAGCGAAUCCAGCUCUUCGAGGCCAUCCAGGCUCAGCAGCUCGCCCACCGCCAGUCCCUCCCUUCCGAUCCAAUCAAGAUUACGUUGCCGGACGGGAAGGUGAAGGAGGGGAAGACGUGGGUGACUUCGCCGUUCGACGUUGCGAAGGAGAUUUCGAAGAGCUUGGCGUCGAAUGCCUUGAUUUCUGAGGUCAAUGGGGUACUGUGGGACAUGAGCAGGCCUUUGGAGGGUGACUGUGAGCUCAAGCUGUUCACAUUUGACAAUGAUGAAGGCAGGGACACUUUCUGGCAUUCUAGCGCGCACAUUCUCGGACAGGCUCUUGAGGUGGAGUACGGGUGCAAGCUGUGUAUUGGUCCCUGCACCACCAGAGGAGAGGGUUUCUAUUAUGAUGCAUUUUAUGGUGAUUUGGGGUUGAAUGAGGAUCACUUCAAGCAAAUUGAAUCAGGAGCAGAUAAGGCUGUUAAGGCCAAACAGCCAUUUGAGCGCAUUGAAGUAACAAGGGAUCAGGCACUUGAGAUUUUUUCUGAUAACAGGUUCAAGGUUGAAAUCAUCAAUGAUCUUCCUGCUGACAAAACUAUCACCGUCUACAGAUGUGGCCCCUUGGUUGACUUGUGUCGUGGACCGCACAUACCAAACACAUCAUUUGUCAAAGCAUUGGCGUGUUUGAAGGCUUCUUCUGCCUACUGGAGAGGAAAUAAAGAUCGUGAAAGCUUACAGAGAGUUUAUGGAAUAUCUUAUCCUGAUAAGAAAAGUUUGCAGUUAUAUCUCAAGCGUCUGGAAGAAGCAAAAAAAUAUGAUCAUAGAUUGUUAGGUACAAAGCAGGAGCUGUUCUUUAAUCACCCACUUAGUCCAGGAAGUUGGUUCUUCCUGCCCAAUGGCACCCGGAUUUAUAACAAGCUCAUGGAGUUUAUAAAAAAUCAAUACAGAGAGAGAGGAUACCAAGAGGUUAUAUCGCCAAACAUGUACAAUAUGCAACUUUGGGAAACAUCUGGUCAUGCUGCAAAUUACAAGGAGAAUAUGUUUGUCUUUGAGAUUGAGAAACAGGAGUUUGGAUUGAAGCCAAUGAAUUGUCCGGGGCAUUGUUUAAUGUUUCAGCACAGAGUUCGUUCUUAUAGAGAGCUUCCUCUUCGACUGGCUGACUUUGGGGUUUUGCACCGGAAUGAGGCCAGUGGUGCACUCACUGGAUUAACUCGUGUCAGGAGAUUCCAGCAGGAUGAUGCUCAUAUCUUUUGCAGGGAGUCACAAAUAAAAGAUGAAGUUACGGGCGUCUUAGACUUCAUCCAAUAUACCUAUGAUAUAUUUGGCUUCACUUUUGAUCUGAAGCUAUCAACAAGGCCAGAAAAGUACCUUGGAGAGAUAGAAACAUGGGAGAAAGCUGAGGCAGCUCUUACAGAAGCAUUAAAUGAGUUUGGCAAACCCUGGCAGAUAAAUGAAGGGGAUGGUGCAUUUUACGGACCAAAGAUAGAUAUCAGUGUAUCUGAUGCAUUGAACAGGAAGUUUCAGUGUGCAACAUUACAGCUUGAUUUUCAGCUACCUGCUCGCUUUGAGCUGUAUUACUCAGCAGAGGGUGAAGAAGGCAAGAGGGAGGCACCUGUUAUGAUACACAGAGCCAUUUUGGGUUCUGUUGAGCGUAUGUUUGCUAUACUGUUGGAGCACUACAAGGGGAAAUGGCCAUUCUGGCUUAGUCCACGUCAGGCAAUUGUUUGCCCUGUCUCGGACAAAUCCCAGCCCUAUGCUCAGCAGGUCCGGGACAAGAUCUUUCAGGCUGGUUAUUUUGUUGAUGUUGACACAAGUGAUAGGACAAUACAGAAAAAGGUACGAGAAGCUCAGAUGGCACAGUACAACUACAUUCUAGUUGUUGGUGAGGAGGAAGUCAAAACUGGACAGGUGAGCGUACGGGUUAGAGAUAAGGCAGAUUCCAACGUAAUGAGCAUGGAUAGCCUACUCAAACACUUUAAGGAGGAAGUUGAAGCUUUUCACUAGAAUUUCUUUUGAAGAAUGCUCAAAGUAAUUGUAGACUUCUAUCGGAUGAACAACACAUGAGGGCUUUUGUGAUCUCACUGAAACUGUAUUAAUUCCUCUCUGAUAUCCUAGUACUACAAUGGAUUAUACAGUGUAAUUUACGUUUUGCAGAUUCAAAUGUAGUUAUAGCUUUUGCCAUCUUGUGACUUGUGCACUACGCUUGUGUGCUCGUUAAUUUUUUGUCGUAAUCAACAUGUAUUUUGAGUAUUCUAGCUUU